AUGCUGAUUUCACAUCGCGACACCAUCAAAGAUAAAGGUAUAAAACCAGAGAGCUGGCCGCCACUAGACUUCUCAGGCAAUCUCGCCUUGUUAACCUGGCUUGUGUUUUCCUUUUUGAAUUUUGGCUGCUGUUUCUUCAUUGACGGCGAACUCAAUAUACAUGGAUUCUCUCCGUAUCCUGGCGAUCGGACUACAGCAACUACUGCGCUGACCGUCAGUGGCAGAGUUCACGAGCUGGUUCAUGCUACAGCUAGCACGUUUACGCAUACUUCAGCAUCACCUUCCAGAACUAUGUAUGUAGCCGAUUCAAUAUCCUCGACAGCUCCCUCUCUAAGCAUCAGCGGAGCGUCGACUCUUGGAUGGCAUCCCGUGGCUAUCACCCUCACAAAAAGACCGACUCCCCACUGGAAUUAUAACAUAUCUGCGACAACUGCGGCGAGGAGUUCUGCCAAGUAUUCCAGCUCUACUACUCCGACUUUGACCGUGAGCAAGGCGGAAUCCAGCACACAUGAAGCCUCCGACACAGCGACGAGCGCCUUCUGGAAAGAACAGAGCACACCCACAGCCCUUUCUAAUAACACCAUGAUAUCAUCUAGCGCUGAUGGUUCCAGGUCUCGGCUUAUUUUUUCGGCGGCCAUGCUAUUCGGUGCCAAUCUUUUGAUUAGCUCAGCACUGUGA